AUGGACAACCCAAUGCUGGUCUUGGGAGGUGUCCUAGUUGCGGCUACUGCGACGUACCUAUUGAUAAACAAAACGCAGCGAGAGCGCCUUGUUCAUGGAUUCAAAGCCCGUGGCCGCAAGGCCCCGUCGAGUGGAACUCCGCCGCCAGACAUUAGCCCUGAGAAGCAGCCCUCCGCACCACCAUAUCGCGACCUCUCUAUGAUGUUGCCAAAUCCCGGUCUCCCAACCAAAGAUGCCUUGUCCCCAAAGGACUUGAGCGAUGCAGACGUGGUACAAUCAAUCCUGCCAAUGAACGAAAACUAUCAAACUUGCACGGAAGUCAAGUUUACUCCUCCAGGUUUCUCAACAGAGGAGAUAAAAUCUAUGGGCAACUUUCCUGAUUAUGCAACCUUGAGCGGUAUUCCCCUCCCGGAAGCGUAUAAGGAGUUUGAUAUCGACAAAGCUUUACCCAGACCCUACCGGCCGUUCAGGUGGAAUUAUCAUCAGACGAUGUCACUGACGAAAAUGGAUUCGGAUUGGUGGCUCGAGCUCGAGAAUACAUACAGAAGCCGCAUUGCGCAGCGAAAAGAGCUGCACGCUCAAUAUGGAAAGACUGUUCUCGAUAAGAUGCCAGGCUCGGAGCUAGCUUGCAAGGAACUUAUGGAGAUGGUAAUACAGUUUCUCUGCGCUAGAUAUCCACAAUACUUUUGUUUAUCGGAUAAUAAGCGAUACUUUACAAACGGCAUUUUAAAUACGGUCGAGGACCUUCACGCCAAAGAUCCACUGGUCUUUUUGAUGGAUAAUGUCCCCGAAGAUUUUGGGAUUAUGCUGCGAGACGAUAAAACCGGAUACUAUUUCUUACGUGCAGGAUCCGUGUGUUCUUCCUUGGGAUGGAAUCUCGGCACGAAACUGGGCAUGCAGCUGCACGAAAUCCACGCCCCUAUCCCGGAUUAUAAGGAAAAAAUGCAAUUCUCUAUGGACCGAUACUUUGCCAAAAUGCCAACCGACAAGCCUAUUCAACGGGGCUCAUGGGGCCUUGAAGUCGAGCAGCCCCUUUUCAUGCCCCCAGGCGAUCCUCACGAGCUCCACCGCCAAAAUCAGUCCUCAAACCUAGACAUCUCCUCCUGCUAUCUCCGCGUCGACUGGCAAACCCUCCGCCGCCUCCCACUCUCCGGCGCGAUCAUAUUCAACUUCAAAGCACUGUUCACACCGGUCUCGGAAUUCCGCGACGAGCCGGGUAUGCCCGCCCUUGUUGCGAAGAUCCUUAGAGAGGGAAAGCAAAGCAUCAUGCAAUAUAAAAACACAUGGCAUGUGGAGCAUGUUGUGCUGCCAGCUUUGGAUAAGUGGGCUGCAGAGCAGGAGGAGAAGGGACUCGUGGAGAAAGGCUGGAAAGUGGAAACGUUGGAGGAGAAUAUAUGUGCCGGAUAUAUCACCAACAGUUCGAAUACAACAGACGCCCUCAGCGCUUUGCCAUCUUAG